AUGCGUUUCCACGCAACAGCAGCUUUCUCUGCUGCCGCUCUGCUGGCAGGAGUUAAAGCUGAUGCACAAUCCGUCCUGAGCGAUGCUAGCUCAGCUGCCUCCAGCGCGGCCAGUGAUGCGUCCUCCGUUGUCUCAUCGGCUACCGCUGCCCCAGAGCUCCCAACCUUCACACCCUCGUCCGUCAAGGCCGACUUCGUUGAGCAAUUCACUGAUGGCUGGGAUGCCCGGUGGAAGCCAUCCCACGCGAAGAAGGACACAACGGGCUCUGAGGAGGAAUGGGCCUAUGUUGGAGAGUGGUCCGUCGAAGAGCCCACAGUAUACAAAGGCAUGGAGGGCGACAAGGGCCUGGUUGUGAAGAACGCAGCUGCCCAUCAUGCCAUCUCGGCCAAAUUCCCCAAGAAGAUCGAGAACAAGGGAAAGACCCUAGUUGUCCAGUACGAGGUCAAGCUUCAAAAGGGUCUUGAAUGUGGCGGAGGAUACUUGAAAUUGUUGAGGGAUAAUAAAGCUCUUCAUCAGGAUGAGUUCUCGAACGUUUCCCCUUACGUCGUUAUGUUUGGCCCCGAUAAGUGCGGCUCCACCAACAAGGUUCAUUUGAUCAUCAACCACAAGAAUCCCAAGACUGGCGAGUACGAGGAGAAACACCUUGCCGCUCCCCCAGCAGCCCGAAUUGUCAAGACCACCGAAUUGUACACCUUGAUCAUUCACCCCAACAACACCGCCGUCAUCAAAUUGAACGGCGAGCAAGUUAAGGAGGCCAACCUUCUUGAGGAUUUCCAGCCUGCCUUCAACCCAGCCAAGGAGAUUGAUGACCCUAAGGAUAAGAAGCCAGACACUUGGGUUGACGAGGCCAAAAUCCAAGAUCCCGAGGAGAAGAAGCCAGAGGAUUGGGAUGAGGAUGCGCCCUUCGAGAUUGUCGACGAGGAAGCCACCAAGCCCGAGGGUUGGCUCGAUGACGCGCCUCUCACGAUUCCAGACCCCGAGGCGGAGAAGCCUGCCGACUGGGAUGAGGAAGAGGAUGGAGACUGGGUCGCACCAACUGUUCCCAACCCCAAGUGCGACGAAGCGCCAGGAUGUGGACCAUGGGAGAAGCCAAUGAUCAAGAACCCAGCUUAUAAGGGCAAGUGGACCGCGUCUUAUAUUGACAACCCAGCCUACAAGGGUACUUGGUCACCACGAAAGAUUAAGAACCCGGACUACUAUGAGGACAAGACACCUUCCAACCUUGAGCCUAUGGGUGCUAUUGGUUUCGAAAUCUGGACCAUGCAAAACGAUAUCCUCUUCGACAACAUCUAUAUCGGCCACUCUAUUAAGGACGCUGAGAAGUUUGCCGAAGACACAUUCUUCAAGAAGCACCCCGUUGAACAACUCCUCGAGCUCGCCGACAAGCCUAAGGAGGAGGAGAAGCCAGUCAAAUCCCCAUCAGACCUUGUCUUCAUGGAUGACCCAGUUCACUACAUCAAGGAGAAGCUCGACCUGUUCUUCACUAUCGCCCAGAACGACCCCAUUCAGGCUAUCAAGUUUGUUCCUGAGGCCGCUGGUGGUCUCGCCGCUGUGGCGAUUACCCUCCUCGCCGUCAUUGUUGGUGUUGUCAGCAUGGGGGGUUCCUCUGUCCCGCCAAAGGUCAAGAAGGCCGCAGAGAGCGCUAAGGACAAGGCCGCAGAUGCUAAGGACAAGGCUGCGGAAGCUGUCUCUUCAGGAGCGGAUCAGGCGAAGGCUGAGGUGAACAAGCGUGCCACAAGAAGCACCUCGUAG